UGAUCUUGUUUUGAUUUCAGCUUUGACAUGUCUGUGCUCUGACUGCAAACAAGCCAACUCCACGUGUGAGACGGACGGCGCCUGCAUGGUCUCAGUGUUCAACCUGGACGGAGUCAAACACCACGUCCGGACCUGCAUUCCUGAGGCAAAACUGAUUCCUGCUGGGAAACCCUUCUACUGCCUGAGCUCAGAGGAUCUGCGUAACACUCACUGCUGCUACUCUGAUUUUUGUAACAAAAUUGAUUUAAUGGUUCCCAGUGGCCACCUGAAGGACAACGAGCCCCCGUCGAGCUGGGGCCCGGUGGAGCUGGUGGCGGUGAUCGCCGGGCCCGUGUUCCUCGUGUUCGUCGUCAUGAUCAUCGUGGUCUUCGUGUUCCACCACCACCAGCGGGUCUAUCACAACCGCCAGAGGCUGGACAUGGAGGAUCCUUCUUGUGAAAUGUGCCUUUCCAAGGACAAGACCUUGCAAGAUCUGGUCUAUGAUCUCUCCACCUCCGGCUCGGGCUCAGGUAUUAACGGCACGUGCGCCAUCGCUGACCUCGGCCUGGCCGUGCGCCACGACUCCGUCACCGACACCAUCGACAUCGCCCCCAACCAGAGGGUUGGGACCAAACGCUACAUGGCCCCAGAAGUCUUGGAUGAAACCAUCAACAUGAAACAUUUUGAUUCAUUUAAAUGUGCUGAUAUCUACGCCUUGGGCUUGGUCUACUGGGAGAUUGCCCGAAGGUGCAAUGCAGGAGGUAAAAAAGUCCUGGUUUUUGUGUGCCUGGAGCACUGGCCAUGCUUGCUCCUGGGUCUCCCCCCAGCCUUGGGGUUCUAUUGAUAAAGAGGAGGGAGAUUUGAUCAGAUUUGGGAGGUUUGGGGGAGAGCAGGGCUGUGGG